CUUUAUGCACAGCAGUCGGGUCUUCUUUCAAACCAACACACACACACACAAACACACGCACACACUGCGCGCCACAUCCCUCCCGCCCACACACACACACACACACACACACACAAAUGCCAGGACACUCACACACGUGCAAUCCCAUAAGCAGAGCACCGUCAGUCGGAGCCGGCUGCCGGUGGCAGACCUCGACGUGUCCGCGGGACGCAGAGCCGGGAGCCCGCUGUGAGAGGAGCUCCUACCCGGCGCACAGCAGAGGGGAGCCGGACACUUCCACCCGGGGGGCCGGAGAUCCUUCGGCUGCAGGAGAAGAGGCGACGGAGCGGGGAAGGUGAGCGAAUCCAAUCCGGUCCAGCUGCUGCCGCUGGAGGAGGAGGAGGAGGAGGAGGAGGAGGUAGCUCGGUGCCGGGAGGAGCAACAUUAUCCCGCACGGACCCAAAGCAAAGCACCUCCGGGCGUGCAGAUGUGAGAGGAGUGCCGGGCAAGUUCUAGUCCUGGGUUUCUGGCCCGGUGAUUCGAGAGCAGGAGGAAGCCGUGAAAAAGGAGUGGCAUGGGGACGAGGCCGGGCCGGGACGAGCUGGGCUGGCUCCCGCCUUUCCUGGUCUUGCUACUGAUGAGCACGGUGUCGCCCGCCCAGAGUCAAGGAUGUCCCCAGCGUUGCGAUUGUUUCGCCAAACUCAAGACUGUGUCCUGUUUUGGUAAACGGCUGUCCUCGCUGCCCGACGGCAUCCCGCUGGACACCAAGGUCCUGGACCUGAGUGGGAAUAAACUCCGCUGGGUGGAGCAGAGUGACCUGCUUUCAUAUCCACGUCUGGAAAAACUGGACCUGAGUGACAACAUGGUCAGCAGCCUGGAACCGAAUGCCUUUUCCAGUCUGCAGAACCUGCGGUCGCUUUCACUGAGGGGCAACCAAUUGAAACUGGUCCCCAUGGGGGCUUUCUCCCGUCUGUCCAACCUAACAUCACUGGACCUCAGUGGGAAUAAGAUUGUCAUUCUUUUGGACUUUACUUUCCAAGACCUGAAAAGUUUGAAAAACCUUGAAGUUGGAGACAAUGACUUGGUUUAUAUUUCCAACAAAGCCUUCCUGGGUCUGGUGGGGCUGAGGGAGCUGACCAUCGAGAGGUGCAACCUGACUUCUGUGUCCAGCCAGUCUUUGUCCUACCUGCAAAACCUGGUGGAUCUGCGCCUCCGCUACCUCAGCAUCUCCACCUUGGAGGACCAGAACUUCCGUAAGCUGGCAAACCUGAGGGGCCUCGAGAUCGACCACUGGCCCUUCCUGGAGCACGUUCCCCCUCACAGCCUGCAGGGGCUCAACUUAUCUUGGCUGUCUAUUACUCACACUAACAUCACCUCUGUGCCCACCUCCGCCCUCCGCAGUCUGGCUCACCUCACCAGCCUCAACCUCUCGUACAACCCCAUCUCCGUGCUGGAGUCCUGGGCCCUGCGGGACCUCAUUCGGCUGAAGGAGCUGCAUCUGGUCAACACAAAUCUGGCGGUGGUGCAGCCGUACGCGCUGGGCGGUCUGAGGCAGAUCAGCCUCCUGAACCUCUCCACCAACGGCCUGGUGUCCCUGGAGGAGGGAGCCUUUCAGUCCGUCAACACUCUGGAGACGCUGCGUUUGGACGGAAACCCUCUGGCCUGCGACUGCCGCUUGCUGUGGAUCCUCCAGCGCCGGAAGACCCUGAAUUUCGACGGCGCCUCCCCUGUGUGCAUGUCGCCCGUGGAGGUGCAGGGACGGGCCCUGAACGCCUUCUCCGACUCGGCCCUCUUCGAUCACUUCACUUGCCAGAAGCCCAAAAUCCGCAACAGGAAACUGCAGCAGGUCUCGGCCCGCGAGGGGCAGGUCGUGUCGUUCGUUUGCAGAGCGGAAGGCGAGCCGGCGCCGGUGAUAUUCUGGAUCUCGCCCCAGCGCCGCCGCAUCACCACAAAGAGCAGCGGCCGCCUGACGGUGUUACCAGAGGGCACACUGGAGAUACGGUACGCCCAGGUGACAGACAGCGGCACCUACAUCUGCAUAGCCAGCAACGCGGGCGGAAACGACACCUAUUUCGCCACGCUCACGGUCAGCGGGCUGCCGCUCGACGCGGCCCUGCUGGCCAACCGCACGUACUACGCGGGCGACCUCAACGACACGAAUCUGAAUGACACCAGGGUCUUCUUGAAGUUCACUCUGGACCUCAAGACCAUCCUGAUAUCCACGGCCAUGGGCUGCAUCAUGUUCCUGGGGGUGGUGCUCUUCUGUUUCAUCCUGCUGUUCGUGUGGAGUCGAGGGAGAGGCCAGCACAAGAACAAUUUCUCCGUGGAGUAUUCCUUCAGGAAGGUGGACGGACCCGCCGCCAGCGGAGGGCAGGGCGGCGCUCGCAAGUUCAACAUGAAAAUGAUUUGAUUCUAGUGGUUCUGUUUCUCUCUUUAGAAUUCUUGCCCUGUUUGAAAGGCGGUGACGUGGACCUCUGAGCUUGCAGAACAUAAAAUGCAGUUAUUUUUUGGACAUUUUAUUCAGUUCAAGUUUUUUUUUUUUUUCAAACUGCUGUAUAUAUGAGAAAAGGACAAAUCUGCAUGGAUUUGAUAUAUUUACAUUGCCCAUUUGUCGUGUGCUCAAGUCAUCACGCAGCGCAAACCUGGAUUUCUAAAGUAUAAAGAUGUCUUCAAAUCUCAAAUAGACUCAAAUAGAAAAAAUCCCAGCGGUCUUUAACCUCCACUUAGCUCUCGCCAAUUCAAUCGUUCUUCUCUACAAGGAAGUCGUCUUUAAAGGUCUCUGUGCUGUGUGACCUCUGUGCUCCAUCGGAGGUUGUUUUCUCUCUCAUCCCCCAAACCAGGAAUAUUUAUAACCCGGCGGUGCUCAACGAAUGCCAAGGACUUGCCAGUAUGUAUUUGAUUAGUUCCAGCUACCUACUGCAUAUUUAGACUUAAUUACAGUCAGGGUUUUUGGCCACUACUGUGACAUAAAUAUAAAAGCUCUGCCUUUUUUUUUUUUUUUUUUGCUCAUGAUGAGUUUGUACAGAGUACAAUAAAACGAGACUCUGCAACACUGCCAAUUUGACCGUAAAGCACCGUGUGAUGUGGUGGAGAGAAGAUUACCAUCCAAAAGAUGGUGAGGAAACGAAACAGGACACUGGAGGUUAAGCUACAACUAAAAGGACGAAAUGCACAUUUGUGUGGUGACAAAUGGGUACACGCAGAUGUUGACUUUUAGGCUCUGGUGUUUUCCAUUACAAGACUCUUGGUCUGAAAAGGACUGCGUGUAUAUAUUUACAGAGGUGGCUUCUUACUUUAAAUAACAUGCAUCAUUUGUAAAUGUGUUGGGGUGCACUGAUCCCGCUGUUCAAUUGCUCAUACUGUAUAGGUAGGAUAUAUAUAUGCUUUAUAAGAUGUAUUAUAUAUUUUGCAAUCAAAACCUUGUUGUUGUUUAUAGUACUGUUGAGUGAUCAAUCUGAACCUUCUGUUCUACUGUUAUUCUACAGUUAGUCUCUCCAUGUCGGCGGAUCCCCGAGCCCACUUAACAAAUCAUCGUGAAAUCCGUUUACAUCAGAAGUCAGCUCCCUUUCCCUUUUCUGGCGGUAUAUAUAUAUAUAUAUAUAUAUAUAUAUAUAUAUAUAUAUACUUAUAUGCUUGUUGUGUUCUAGGCUCAUCUCUUGAUCAGUGGGUUAAAACAACAGUAAACUCCUCCCAACUCCUGGCGUUCUCCGUGUUACUCUGCCGCCCCCUGCUGGCUGGAGACGGUACUGAAUUGUUUACGGUCAAUUAAAGCAGUGGUCCCCAACCACCGGACCGCGGACCGGUACCGGUCCGUGGGGCGUUUGGUACUGGGCCGCACCACAGAAAGCUUAAAUAUUUAUUUUUUUCUGAAAAAUGUUUUAUUUUGAAAAUUGACCGGAUUUUCCUCCUAAUUGUGUGCGCUCGUCCCUCUGACAUAUUGUCUGACAUACAUACAUACUGACAUACAGUUGUCCUCUUACCGUGCACGGCAGUUUCACCCACCAGCGAACACAGAGUGCGUGACUACAACACCCCCCCCCCCUAAAAAAAGUUGGGGACCACUGAAUUAAAGGACAAUCCGAUUUUACCUCACCGGCCUUGACACUUGAUAGGAAGCAAUAAAUUCAGUUUCACCAAGGCCAACCGUGAAGGUGAUGGAAGGAUGAGCUGUAUUUUAUUUUUCUUAGAGGUGAGAAUUGAUUUUGAGUGAUGAGACAAUAUGUAAUAUAAUAACAAAUUUUACAGAUUAAACCCACAAUAUCAAAGUAUUAAUGAUGAACUGUGAAUAUGCUCUGCGCCUUGACAUCAGUUCCGCAAUUUGAAAUACAAAUUGGGUAUAAUUGAAGCUGAAUUCUUCCUGUGAACAUGGAAACCACGGUGUCAGGAAACUGCUAGACGUUUUUUGUAUUGUAUUGUUUUAUAAAAAUGAAGCACAAUGUUUAUAAAGCAUGCUGUAAUCUGCUAUGAUGUCUUUGCCCUGUCUUUUUCCUUUUUUUCCCCUCUUGCGGUCAUCUGGUCACUCAACCGUUACGGUGGAAGUCUGAGAAGUUUGAGCGCUGACAUCACACCCGUGACCACGCCACUGUGAAAUGUUUGUUUUGCAAGUUGUUUUUGUCGUAUUAGAUUUUUUUUUAGUGGAUAACACAUUAAGAUGUCACUAAGGUGAAUUAUAUGGUACUGCUUAUACUGUAUGAGGAGAUUGAUGUUCAUUUUCUAUGCAUUCGUCACAUCAAAAGAGUUAAAUGUCCUUUGUGAGCAGAUUAAAAAUAGCGCCGCGUUCACGAUU